CAGGUGGUCCGAGUCGUCAAGUCAGUGGUGGUACUCGGUUGGGGGAGCAGAGUGGCUUCAUGUGUCCAGACAUAGUCCUGGUGGGCAGUGACUUGAGGCCAUCUACCAAUGGCUGUGUGAGUUCCAGCUGGAGAGCUACACUCCUAACUUCCUCACAGCAGGAUACGAUGUACUUACUGUCAGUAGGAUGACCCCAGAGGACCUGACCGCCAUCGGUGUGACCAAACCAGGCCACCGAAAGAAGAUCUCCAUGGAGAUAGGCAACCUGAACAUCCCAGAGUGGCUGCCUGACUACAUCCCUUCUGAGCUGUCAGAGUGGUUGAGUGCGAUCGGUCUCCCUCAGUACCAGAAGAGACUGUGUGAGAAUGGUUAUGACACCAUCAGCAUCGUCAAGGAUAUCACCUGGGAGGACUUAUCAGAGAUAGGAAUCACCAAGCUGGGUCAUCAGAAGAAGCUGAUGUUAGCCGUGAAGCGUUUAUGUGACCUGCAUCGUUCUCGUCACCAUGCCAACGGCUCCGACACGCUCCGGCAUAAACCUACCACGGCCCUGGUGGCUAUUGAGCCCCCCGAGAUCCCCUACGACUGCUGCCCCCUGACCCCUCACACCCCCAGGACACCCUUCCUCUCCUUCCAUGACAGCGAGCUGAGCACAGAGCUACAGAACACCAUGAUGGGGAGGGCAGCAGGAGGGGGGUUUGGGAUGGGUGUGAGGGAGAGCAUUAGCCAGGAGAGCAUCGGAACGCGCUCCCGCGGAUCCGGGAAUUCUGGGAAAUCUGGGAAUUUUACGGGAUAUUCCCAAGAGSUUCACCAACASACUCUGGCAUCGGCUGGAGUGCACAGUCGCUCGGACGAAAGCUUGGGAGGAGGGGGAGGAGGAGGUGGGAGACAGGGGGGAGGAGGUAGUCCAGGGAGAGACCGUCAGAGACUCACAGAGGUGUGGCCAGACCAGAAGCGCCACCCCCAGCCACCCACUAAACUACCCAUCACCCCCCUCACCCCUCCUCUCACCCCCAGCUCGAUGCCCCGCUUCGCCUACCCAGCCGUGCCUAGUAAACCCAAACCUUGCAAGCCCCCUGCCCACCCCUUCUCCUCUCCCCCCUCUCCCCAGGCCUCCCCCACACAGAGGGCAUUCAACUACCUCCACACCCAGGAAGGAGGCACCUAUCUGUGCCAACGUGGUCUACCCAAGCCCCAGGCUGGAGCAAUCCCCCUCCCAGGACUAGGCCUCAACACAGAGGCUCUUAAGAAACACACCCAGAGUCUGUCCCGCUACGCCCUGUCAGAUGGAGAACCGGAAGACCACGAGUCAUCGCUGCAGGAAUCCGUUCCUCCGGUGACCAUGCCCUCGUACGCAACACUAGGACGCAAACCAGGCUGCGGCCGAUCAAAUUCCUCCGCCGUCCAACGCCACAUCAGCCGGAGCCACUCAUUCGCUCGCCGCAAAGGCCCGCCCCCACCGCCACCUAAGAGGAUGAGCUCGGUGAGUGGCAGCCAGGCCAGCGAAUCAGGAGGAGCGGCAGUAGUGUCAGGGCAGGUGGAGGUGGGAGGGGUGGAGACAGAGAGUGCAGGCAGUGUGAGAAGCAUMGCAGCCAGGCUACAAGGGUCCGGGCCCGGGUGCAGCCCCUCUAAGGGGGUAGUGUUACCCUCCCUAUGCACCCCCACCCUCGCCUCCCACAAACCUGUACCCGCUCUGGGGCUGGGAGGACUGAGGAGGAUGGGGGGCGAGCGGAGGGAUAGAGAUGGAGGGAUAGAGAGAAGCCCAGAAGAGGAGAGAGUGUGGAAGGAUGGUUCAGUAUUGGAAAGCUCUACAUCACCUCAGAGUAGCUCCAGUGAGAACCUCCCUUUCGCGGAGGAGGGCAACCUCACCAUCAAACAGCGGCCCAGGAUGGGAGCAGGCUUCCGGUCAGACCCUGAAAUCCAACCCCAGGCUUCUCCAGAAGAACCAAAAAUGCAGGCCCCAAAGUCCUUGGGGGUCCCUGAGUUCAACCUCAAAGAGUCGGACACCGUCAAACGACGGCGUCAGCCCAAAGACCGGGAUACACACACACUGGACGAGAUCUUCACCGCCAGCGAAGACGACGGACACACACAGCCACACACACACAGCCGGUCCAACGGCUUCCACACACACACAAACGGAGACAAGCAAGAGGAGGAAGCAGGCGUGAAGUCAGGGAGCUGUUUACAGAGAGCAGAAUCGACAGGGAAAGGCCAGAAACCACCCCUGGCCUCCAAACCAACCAGCCCUCCCCUCAAACCUGUCCUCACCCUUAUACCAGCCAGUCAACAGAAGACAGUGACAGGCAGCACACAGAACCAUAUAACAGCCAGUCAAAAUACACACACAACCACCUCUAUACCAGGCAAUCCACAGAAACCAGUAACAGCAACCAAAGCAGGCAGUCCGCAGAGAACAGUAAAAUACAGGCCAACGAACCAGAUGCCUGCUACUGUCUCUGCCUCUACACUUCCCCAUCUCAGCUCAUCCAUAACCUCAGCCCCUACAGCCCAGGCAACCCGCGCUCCAUCCUACUGCACCUUGGUGCCUCCAGGCCAGGCAGGGAGAGCAGGAAAGGCCCAGGCUGGUGAGGCCUGCUCGGAGGUGUUGGUUCAGAGGAGGCUGGAUGAGACCAACACGUCACUGGAGGCAGCGCUGAAAGUUGUAGAGAGAAAAAUGUCUCAGGAUGACUGCACUGACGGUGGCAGCAGCCCAGUGAAAGCAGCAGGAAAUAUCCUGGAUGACAUUGGCAACAUGUUUGAUGACCUCGCCGACCAACUGGAUGCCAUGUUGGAUUAAAUACYUCCUCUUCACUCAAGGCAACCUGAAUAGGACCAGUAGGAUUGGGUUGCAAAUUGCACCCUCUUCCCUACAGAGCCCUGGUCAAAAGAAGUGCACUAUAUAGGGAGCCAUUUGGGAUGCAUGGCUAGAAUUGAUUAGACUGAUGCACUGAUCUGCAUGUUUCAUAGGGUGGAUGAGAGAAAGUAGGAGCGGGGAGAGGAAGAGGGAGGGAAAGGGCGAAGGGGGGGACAAUGGGGUGAAGAGAGCAGUCACAAUGUGGAGAACCUCUGACUGCACUUGAAAGAGUGUGGAUAUCCUAAACACAUCGGGACUUGCCUUAACUGGAGCGCAUAACCCUGGAUCAAUGGUUUUGCUUGGCAAAGACAGCACAAUAACACAGAACAAUUUACUGUGUUUUAUAAUAUAGAGCACGGGUUUAUGACAUAGAGCACGGGUUUAUGACAUAGAGAAUGGGUUUAUGACAUAGGGCACGGGUUUAUGACAUAGAGCACGGGUUUAUGACAU